AUGAGCAAAUCUGAGGAAACCACGGCAGUGGAUAUAGGAUUAAACGAAAACCUAACAAGUGGCAAGCAAGUAAAGCUAGAGAAGGAAUCUGGAAAUGACUCUAAGGAAUCUAAAGUCAAUGGUAAUAAUUCUAUUUUAGAGAGUAAUAAUGCUCAUAAAUUAAGUGCAAACUUUGACAGUUAUAUAUAUCAGAUCAAAGAAAGAAGACAAAAGUUGUACGAUGAGCUCAAGCAGCUAGAGAGAGAGAUCAUACCGCGUGAGUUUGAAUCUUACAAUGAAUAUUAUCUAAUAAAAAACUUUAAAGUAGGGAAGUCUGCAAGCGGUCGCGUAAAUGUGGAGGGAUUGCGUAGUAGAGGAAAUGGUGGACCUUAUCGUAGAUUAAAACGUACUUCAAGACGUGGCAGUCCACAUGGUUCUCGCGACAGUUCCAGGUAUUCGAGUGAUGGGAACUCUGAUGACGAAGGUAAUAAAUCGGAUCCCGAGAAUAGAGAACCACACAGCAAUGACGUAGAAUACAAACCUAGCUCGUAUAAAAUUAACAGGGAAAUAACUGCUUCUUCAAUAAUAGAAGAAGAUAGUACUGGCCCAGUCAGAAGGUCUACGAGAUUAACCAGAAAAGAGAAGGAGAGGCAACUUUCCAAAGAAAAACUUAAGAAGAAGGAAUUAGAAAAUAAAGAGAAAGAAAGAGAUAGUUCAGUAUCUGAUAACGAAUAUCAAUCUUGUGUUAUUCAACAUCUUUACGAAAAUUUGAUACAAAAGAUUGAGAAACCAGUAAGAAGAUCAGAUUGGUUGCUACCUCCAAAGAAUAGGUACAUACCUGAAAAAAAUCAACCAGUUAAGCAUGAGCCAGAACAAAUUAAAAUCAAUGAACUUGCAAGAAAUUCGCGCAUCAAAAAAGUGCUAUCUCGUUUUGAUGGUGGAUUAGCAGGUGUUCGUACGAAUAACUAG